UGGACUGAUAAAUGGAUGCAUAAAGGGUGGAAGGAUGCAUGGAUAGAUAGGUGCUUGAAUGGAUAGAUGAAUGGAUGCAUGGGUAAAUAAAUUAAUGUUUGGAUGGCUGCAUGGAUGGCUAUACGAAUGCAUGGGUGGAUGCAUGGAAUCAUAAAUGACUAAAUGAAAAGAAGCAUGGGUGGCUGCAGUGACAGACGCAUGGCUGGACUGAUGGAUGGAUGGAUGAAUGAAUUGAUUCAUAGAUGGAAAAAUUCUUCCAUAAAUGACAUGGAUUGAUUCACAUAAAAAGUCGCAAACAUGAAUCUCAAAAAUCCAAAAGAAACUUCUCUCUAACCUGAUUAAACUGUGAAACGGUGAAUUAACGAGGAUUGUUGAGUUUGAAUGCCUCCACUGAACAUUUGAACUCUGAUGUUUCUGGACUUUUAUCAGAUUGCUCUGAUCAAACAGCUUGCUGUCUCAUGGAUCACUUUCAGCUCUGUCAGACAUCCAUGUGGACUGACAGCUUGCUGCUUGUGGAUGAGUCCAAGCACUGGAAAGUCACCUCUAGGGGUUUUUAAAAGCACAGUUACAACACUGAGAUCUGCCUGUUAUUUGGCUGUAUAAAAGCAGCCACACAUUUACAGUGGUAGUCUAUUGACGAAUCAGUAAGCCCCAUGUUAACAAAGUGUAUUUAGAGAUAUUUGAUUCCAUAAUCCUGUCCAAGAUUAUCAAAAAUUAACACAAGCUAGAGUAAGAAUCGGUCUGGCUAACACUUUUCUCCACUUCCUUUAUCGGGUUAUAUGUUUGUUGAUGAUGCUGUUAAAUAAUGCUAUCAAGGUAAAUUAAUGCUAAUGAUGCAACUCAUGUUUAAGACAGCAGGGGCUGACUGUUUCAUGAUCAAAGCGGACUGUUUUUGGAUAAUUCUGUUUGAAUUGAUCUAAAACACAAACCAUGACAGCAAGAGAACCCAACUCACAUUGGGUAUGUGAUGAGAGGCAUUUAAUGCUAAUGAAGUCAGUCAUCAUGCUAUUUCAUUUGAAACUGUGUAACACCUUUGAACUUUGUUUCUUUAAAACGGGUAAAUGUGCAGAGUUUGAAUAAUUCUGCAGUGCCCCAAAAAAACUCCAAUGAAGUUUUUAUAUCCAAAAUAGUUUUAAGUCAGUGUUUGUGUUUUUAUUCAGCCAAAUUUUGUAAAAAAGUCCUAGUUUAGUGCAUACAUCACUGAUUUAUGUUUAUUAUAUCAUGAAAACUUUGGCUUGUCUACAUAUGCAAGAAUAAGACACAUUUGAAAACAUUUAAAACUGCAUCAAAUGGGUCAAUGUAGACAAAAUACCAAAGACAAUUUUUACAGAAGAGUUUGAAGACCUUACAUUGUCUGCUGAGUAAGUGUGAGACAAGAUCUGGCGCUACAAGGUUUAAGUGUGAUGAGAUUUCUUGUCAAGGUGAUGAGUUGUCCUGAUGAGAUCAGCACGCCAUUUUGCACUCUCCUUUUUCUGACACACCGAGUGUUAAACAGUAUGUUUAAUCAUUAUUUUGAUAAAUGUUUAGCGCCUUUACAUCUUUGUUCAAUGUGAUAUGAAAAGGUUCUGACAUGCACAAGUAUUUAUAUUGAUAAGUUACAGAAGAAAACAUUGUGAAAAGUCAUCAUUGUCACUGAAAUUCAUGAAGGCAGAGAGGUCAUGUAAACAGCUUGAUAUAUUAACAACUGUAAUCUAAAUCUGGGAAUUUAAAAAAGGCAUCUAUUUAUAGCUGAAAAACUCACGAAACAUGUUUCCAACUACAGAUGACAGCCUUUGCCCCUAUUAUGUGAAAAUCCGAUAUCUUAUAACGAUCUAAGAUAAGAGUACUGCUUUGGUGAACAUGUAAACUUCCCUCUGCCUUUCAUAAACCUCAUCAAACUAACCAGUAAAUGAUGACAUUUACAAUGCUAAUAGUCUUUUACAGCACUGGUUAAUUCAUAGUCAAAGGAGCUGGAGUGGCAGGCGAGAUUACUAAGAGAAUAAAGGUCCAUAUGGUUGUUUUACAUUCUGACUUCCAUUUGAUAAACGUAUUUUUCAGUCAGAUUUCAUCUACAGCUGCAACGAUUAGUAGACGUUGACAAAAAUCGAUAAUGAAAAAAGUCGACAAUGAAUUCCAUUGUCAACUUUUGUCACCAGACGUGUUUUUUUCCAAUGGAGUGAAGCAUCUUACUUCAUCACGAUCUCUGCCUAGAGUCACACAUAUGCAAUAGCAUCUCUGCCCAAGCGGUAUGGUAUUCAAACAUGGCGGCAAUGGCGUAUCAUACAGCAGCUACGAGUAAAUACGAACAUUUGAGGAGAGGGCACGUAGUUAUCCGAUUAGUCGACUAAUGGUUUCAAUAGUUGGUGACUAGUCGCGUGUUAAAAUAGUCGUUUUUUGUAGCCCUAGUUUCAUCGCUGAUGUUGUCUUUAAAUGGGGUAAAAUCCCAUCUUGUCUCAUUCCUCUGAACCCAGCCUCUUGUCUUGUCUCGCCUCGUCAGCUAAGUGUGUCAUCACACCCCCACUUCUGCUGAGAGUCAAAUUUAACAACAAAUAGGAUGAGUAACCGUGCUAAAAACACCUGCGGCAAAGUUUUACGUUCUCUGAGUAUCUGUUUGUGUUCAGCAAACCCGCCACCUUUAUGAGCUAAUUAUUGAUUCAAACGAAGUAAUGUUGAUCCUUAUCCUCCUACUUACGCUCAGAGUGGGUUACUCUCUUAUAUAACUUCUAACCUCACAAGUUAAUAAGUAUGACUUUCAGUGGGGAGGGUCACAUGAUGAUCUGCAUGUUUUUUAAGAAGCUUAUGGGACUAAAACUCUAGGAGGAAAACACAAACUGCAUUCCUCUGAUGUUUCUGCUAUCAAAGUGGUCAAAAAUUAAUUUGCUGGACUGCUGCCAUUCCUACCUGUAAGACACGAUAGCAGCCAAAGCCGAGAGUAUUCACACACACAAACACACACACACUCAUAAGCACACAGACUCCCUCAGGUUUCACAUACCGAGGUAAACAGCCAGGCCAGGCCCACUGCACUAAUGCAAACUGACAAAGCGUGCGGCAGAGUGCGAAUGCGCUGGGAGGCGGGCUGCAUAUCUGAACGAUGAGUCAGAAAUGUUCAUUCAGAGCGGCGUAUAAAUUCCUCAAGAGGAGUUAUGAGGCUCCAAACUACAUUUCAUUGCAGCUCAAGGUCCAACAGUAAAACAAUCGCGCGCACAAACACACAUACACACACACACACACACACUUCUGUAAUCUCUUUUCACACUUGCAAUAUAGUCUUUUAUGCCCAAGUGACAAAGCAUAAAAAUAGAAGCAUGCUUUUUAUGAUAAGAAAAAAUGCAUCAUAAAGAAGAUAAAUGACUACGACAAUCUUUUUGCACAUUACCCUCCUCAUCCUGUCCCUUUAUCUUACAGAUAACAUUCCUUUCACCUGACGGCAUGUACACAGUGCGUCACUGAAAGGGUGGAUGGAUGAUAACGCGCUCAAAAGAAUUUAUAAGGGUUACACAGGACGUCCUUGUGGAGACUUUUUGUUCAAAACAUCCUUUUAUUUUCCCUCUUUUUUUCAUUUCAUUUAUUUACAUUUUGCUCAUGUACAUCCCCUCAAGGUUCUGCAGGAUCCUUAAUUUGCUAAGUAAGACUCAGCAGAAUUUUUUUGUUAUAAUGUCUAAUAUAAGGCUUUGACUGUUGGUUGCUUUCCCUUUGGUUCAGCUACACAUUAAACUAUGUUAUCAGCUUAUAAGAGGCUCACCAUUAGCCUGAGUGGAACAUAUCAUUAGACUACAUGUCAACAGAUAAAAAAUAUCUCCAGUCAAACUGUUCUGAACAUAACAGAGCCCCCGCUAUCUAACCUCAGAUUUCUUCGUUUGGUCUCUUUAUUGUUUGAAUCACUGCGUUUACGUAGUUUUGAGGAAACCAGACCACUAAAGAUAAGUCUGCUGCCUGGAAAAAACAAACAAAAAAAAGAACUUGUGAACAAUUUGUACUGCUGCAAUUUCAAACAUCAAACAAGCAAGCAGCAGCUCGGCUAGCAGCCCCUAUAUUACCCCUGGUCAGCUGCGCAGCAAUGGCGAAACACAAUAUCUUCAUUUUACUGCUUUUUGUUUUUAAACCAUUGAGUUACUUUCCUAUAACAAGAGUCAUAUGCAUUGAGUCUAUGUUGUGUGUAAGCUACAGCACAGCUGCUGUUAUUAGCCAGGCUAUAACUCACUAUUAUCAGGAUGUAGGUAAUCCUGCAAUGAGAUGCCGUCUGUCAUCUCACCAUGUGGCGCAGUUUGGCAGUACUCAUCUUAAAAACAGAGAUAAAGUUCUGGGGAUGGGCGAUAAAUUAUCGUUCCCGAUUUAUCGUCAGAAAAUUCCUCCACGAUAAAUCUUUGCCAUCUCACGAUAAAUGCGAUACAUGCAAUUUGAUGACGUAAGCACAAACGACAGACUCUCACCACUUAAACUUGUAGGUAUCUUUUAGGACUAUGCCAACUGGUUUCCUCCAGACAGAGUGAGUCAAAAACAUAGAAAGGAUUUUUAAUAUUUUUUAUUGGGAAUUUUAUAGUAAUCGCCAGAAUGGCAAAACUUGUCAUGAUAAAUUUUGUAGCCCAUAUCGCCCAUCCCUACUAGAUACUCUGAUAUCGACUGGUAUAAUGCAUGACAAGGCAAGAUACCUGAAAAUCAUUAAAACUUUAGAUUUUUUAGAUAGUUUGCAGCCUGACAUGCUGAAACCUCAGCUAAUCUUUGUUUCGAAUGAUGCUGCUGUAGCCUGACAAACAGGCUGAACUCUCUGUAAUCAAAGUGAAGUGGUGAAAAAUGUAACAGUAGUAAUCAGCUGUAUCAGGACAAAAGUAAACUACAGUCAACCAACACAAAAGAACAUGCAGCAGAUAAAAACCAGUGCUACAAUCUUAUCUUGUUUGGGUGCUUAAACAUGAGAUAUUCAAUCAAGAUCAGAUGUGUGUGGGUCUCGAUAGUCUUGAUGUGAAGGUUUCAGGCAGGAGCAGUUUAAAGAAGAGCUUACACAGAGCUGUUCGGUGUCAAAAUAAGACUCACUGUCUUUCUUCAUUCCUAAACCAAAGGCUGUAAUGGAAAGAUUUCCACAUGACUGCAGCAGAUUGUUCGGAGCUGACUGGUCCUUGAAUUUCCUUUCUGUGUCUGUCUCUUCUUCCUUUUCUCUAUAAUAACUUCAUUCAUCACCAUCAAAGAAAUAUUUCUUUAGACUGAAGCCGCUGGGUCACCAUUCAACCGCUUAUUUCAAUGCUUAUGAGUGCAGACUUUAUGUGGGCAACAGGAUUAUGUAAAUAUAAGACUCAAAAGCAAACAGCAAUAUGUCCAUUCUAAUUUAUCCCCUGCUUUUUUUUCUAAAAUUAUCAAUAAAUAAAUAAUAAACAUAUUUAAAGGGUAAUUCCGGAGAAAGUUUAAGUCAUGGUCAAACGCACCAUAACACUGAGUUAGAAACCCCCUCGAGAGAUGAAUUUUGCAGACCGCUUGCUUCUCCAGUUACGCCAACUUCAGCAAAGACCGCUCCACAGCAAUACACAGCAGUCUAUGUCUCCGUACGCAGACAGCAAACAAAAAGCCCCUUUAUAGCCACAAAUAACGCUCAGAACUUCAUCAACAGUACAUAUAGGGUCCCAGCCACAGCACUAGCCACCAAACAUCUUUAUAGCUUUGCCUGGUUUCUUUAGCAAAGAGACCAAACACAACUCACCCACUGUCCUCCAGCAGCCGCUUGUUUGUGGGGAAGCCCUAACAAGUCGAUCACCAAGUGCAGCAGAGUUCUGCUCAGGCUCAAGGAAGAAAAUUUAUGAUUACUUCAUGGAAAUACAAUAAUUUCCAUGAAGUAAUAAUUAUCAUAAUAAUCAUUUUGCACUGUAGACGCUGUAGUUCUGCACUCGGUGGUCGACUCAUCAGGGCUUCUCCACAAACAAGCGGCUGCUGAGUCCUAAGUCAUAAAAAGUGCUGAUUCAUCCUGUUGAAUACGAUUGUAAAUUGCAGUGAUUUUUCACUGAAUAUAGUUUUUGAGAACAAAGUUUGUGAUGCAGAAUGUCAAAUGAAUGAGAUCAGUUAUUGUGGUUAUGAUUUAAUGACAGCCAAGCUUCUCUAUUAAAACAUUGAAUGAAGUCACCCUUUAGAGCUUUUAUCCCUGACUAGACUGACAAUUAAGACACAGAUGCAGCUCCUUCACACAAAAUGAUCAGAGUUCAAAGAAUGAGACAUGCUGCAUCUCAGAAAGCUCGAGCUCAAACCAUGAGACUACACAGACUGUCAAGAGUAAAAACUGAAGUCAGAGCUGACCUGAAUAAAAGAAUAGACGGAUGUGAAUCUGCUGCAGAGCUUCUGUUUUUUCAUACAAAAACAAGAGUGCUGCAAAGAUGUGUUGUUGUUGUUGUUGUUUGGUUGAGAAGACCUGUGAGGAAAUGCUCUGACUGUAAGGUAUCACUCUCCUGUCAGUAUAAGAGCUGUGUUCCAGCUGUUGUUGCUGUGAGCUUUCACAUAUUACUAACCUUUAACCUGAUUGGUUACGUAUUAAAAUAAAAGACGACGCUGCAGCAGUGGGCUUUAGUCCAGAUCUCAGUGCACACUACACUACUUUCACUUCCAAAUAGCAUUAUGAUGAGAACGAUUUUAUCUCCUCUAAUGAUUAAGCUACAAUUGCUGUAUUUCUCAGAGCUGUCUACAACAGCUUUGACUUUAUUUUGCAGCUCUAAUAAGUAUGGAUAUUUAUGCUAGAUGACUAAACUCUUAUGACUAAACUUGUCAGCACUAGAAUUAAAUCACUUCAACAAAUUAAUGAAUAUUUUCAUCACCAAAGACUAGGGCUGCAAAAUACAUCAGUUUUAUUGUUAUUUUUUAAUCGUUUAUUAUUUUUUGACAGAACAUCAGGCAUUGUUGCAUCUAAUCAAAGAGCAACUGAUGCUGUGUAUGCAGGACUUCUAGCCGUGGCUAAUUUGUGACCUGGUUGGACUGCAACCAGAAACAAGGACAGAAUAUCACAAAAGUUGCGUUUUAUCACUCAAAGUAAAAAAAGAACUAUGGCUUUGUUCAUCUUCCAGGUCAAUCCCAAUUUUUUAACCAUAUGUGACACAUAUCAGAUUUUUUCAUGUAAGUGUGAACAGUGCAAUUCUGAUUUUGUCAAAUCCGACCCAGGCCUCUUUUGUACGUGGAUAUAAAUUUGAUAUGUAUCCGAUGUGACUGCAGUGUGGACGCUCAGGCACGUUCAUCCGACCUAUACGUCAUCAAUAUGCGACAAACGUCACUAUUGUUCGACAACACAAACAGGCGCAGAAAGCAAUUUGUGCUUUGUGCACAUGUGGGUCACUUCACAUUAGAUGCCCCAUUCGUUGUUGUAAUGUGAACGACCACAAAUCCAAAAUCCAAAUUGUGCAUCAUAACCUGCAGUGUGAACGUAGCCUUAGUUAACAAUAAAGGCUUUCUCUCUCAGACUGUCGACAAUUUGAGCCAUUAGCUUUGCUGUCAGAUCUGUUUGGUGCAGUUCAAUGAAGCUCAAGCUAGCUACCAGCGUCUGAGCCACAGCGUAGCCACUUGUCAGACUGUAGCUCUGCAGUUUCAUAGUGGAUACGAUCUACUAGCAGCAUGUAGGAAGCAAAUAUGACAGAUGGCAUCUUGUAAUGCAACUUGGUUUGUCAGUAUUUUGAUCUGGAUAUGAAUAUAAGGUAAUAUGUGUGUUUUGGUUUUGGCUGUGUGUGGUCAAACUAGCAUAGUUAUGACCACUUGGCCAGAUGUGGAUGCUGAUCUCCAAAUAGGACUGGUGCCAGCACUGCUGAUGUUAGCCACACUCAAUAAACCAAUCUGACGUUGUUAUUAUAAUUUAUACACAAACAAACUGUGCUUGGUUUUUAAGUGUUAGCUGACCUUUAGAUUUGUCAUUUAAUAGGAACUGUAAUUUCUGUAAUAACAAUGAGGUAAUUUGGUGCUCCAAAUAAUCACGACCAACUACUACCAAGAUUGAAAGAAGAAGCUUCAUCAAAAACCAGUUUGAUAGUCAGAUGAACCUUUUGAGUCAGUUCAUAAAAACUAGUAGGUCUACAGUAUUAGUUGUUAAAAAAAAAAAAAAAAAAAAGCUCACUACUGUCUGCUGGUUGGGCUAUUGGCAGAUUACUCAAAACAAAUAUUUACAGAUUAACUGACAUACAAAUGUCUGUAGUGUGAGAAUUCAAACAAUGUCAGGACAGCUAUCCAAUUAAGCUAAAGUCUGUUUUAACAACAAGACAUUUCCUCAAGGGGAAGUCGUACACAGCUGUGCAACAAGUUGGUUGUAAGAUUCUAACUUAAUUUUUAAAAAAGUGUAAAAUCAAAGAAGACUUUACCAGCCAACUAAAAAGGGAUAUAAUGUGAAAAUGUCCUUUCGGUGACAUAAUUAUUUAGAGAUAACUUGACAUGACAACACAAGUGAAGUCAGAGUUACAUUGUGUAAUGACUUUGGCUUUGAUUCUUGCAUUCCACUGUAUUGCAUGUUUGUUGUAAUGUUGAUCACUGAAGGGCUGAAGCUUAUGGUACAGUUGAUUCAUUGUCCCUGGAUUAAGGUAUCAGCCACAUACAUAAACAUGUGUAAAAUGCAGAUAAAGGUCCACCUAAUGCAGUAAGAAUGUGUGUUCUCUCACACGAAAUCUAAAAAACAAGCUCUAAGCCCCCAGAAUUCCAGACAUAAGCCAUUAAAGGGAUUUGGUGUCAAAGUCCGCAGGGUCUUAAGUAACUGGUAAAGAUGAAAAACGAGUCCCCCCGUGAAAACCUGCCCUCCCCUCCACAUCUCUGUUUUUGUACUGUGUCAUGUAGCGCUGCAUGCUUUGUACUCUAAGCCUAUUACACUGAUGGAUUUCUAUAAGAGAGAGGAGGGGAAACAGUAACACACACCUUAGAAAAUCAAAUCUGGUUUUUAAAUACAAGAUUGUAAGUGAACAGAAUGUACCGGGAGAAAUACAAAAAAUACAAAACUAGAUCCGGUGUUCACAGAUUCUAUCUGAUUCUACCAAACAAAUAAUACAUUGGUUUAAUAAUAUUCACCUCAGUUCUAUGAUCAUAUUAGUAUUUCUAAUUCUAAAAAUUCCCACACUUUAUUAUUCCAAAUCGUUCAAAGAUAAAAGCUCUUAACCUGAGAAGCUGGCACCAAAUUCCACACAAACAGAGAAAUACACGUCUGAUGGAAUGAAUAACUUUCUCACUUUCAUCAUUUUUGCUGCAGAGUGCACACUCAGCAUGAUUAUACUAACAGACUUUAGAAUUAGUUCACCUCAUUUCACUGAAUAUUAAAAGAAUGAAAGGGAUUUUGCAGGUCUGAUAUACUCAGUCCUGGCUAAAGGAUGCAGGCGGCCUGUUACAAUAGUAUUUUAUGUGGAAAUCAUUUCACAUUGAAAGCCCAGUAUUUGUUUUAAAGAUUAUUAAUGCGACUGAAAAGACAAAGAAAAUCACUAAAACUCUAAAUGUAACGUAUCAGGGAACAUCAGAGGCUUUUGUUGAGUUGAAUAUUUAGAAUUUUUAAUGUAACCCUCAGUUCUCAUUGACUUCCACUCAUUUUAGCAUUUAUAAAUGUGCUACCAUAGGGCUGCACAGUCAAUCCAAUUUCAAUCCCCAUCAUGAUUUUGACUUUACCAUAACCAAAGAAUCAUAAUUAACGGUAAAUAUUGUCAUUUGAAGUGUGGGCUUCUUCUGUAGAAACACCAUGAUGUCUGUGACUGAAGAUACUUUUUUAUAAAAUGUGUUUUUAUUGGCUUUAGUUGGGUUUGAUUUAUUAUUUUGUCUUUGUUAAUCUUUGUUCACAAACGUCAUCCUUCUUCCCUACAGUUUCUUCUCUACACACACUGACACACAAACACGCUCAGCUUGCAUCUGUCUCUCAGCAGUUUCUCCUGCUCGGCAGUUUCUCCUUUGUCUCUGUCAUCAUUUGUCAGCUCUACUGACAAUAUUCAUGAGCACAACUUUUUUUAUGAGUCACCCAAAGAACACAGCUCACAUUUUAACAAGUUUCACUACUGCUUGCAUUGUGACAGUAGACAAUAACGAGGCUUGCUAUUAAUGACACUGUGCAUUUUAAUGACCCAAAAACUGAGAGUGCAGGAAAUCACCUGCUGCACAGCAGGUUAAGAGCAGAAGGAUCAGGUGUGUGUUAUUAAGGCAGAGGGACAGAGUGAGCACUGAGAACACAGACACAAUAACCGCUUUCAUUUGACUUUCAUGAAACUGAGUGGUCUCCAUUUAGACCUUUAUUCUGCAUACCCUGGCUAUAAGAGGAGUUAAAUAACAUUUAAGUAAAUUCAUAUCUUGUUCAGGUUUUUUGACAAGGAGGUCUUACAAAAAUAUGCACACGAACUGACAACCAUCAUUAGCAUUUCCAACCCGAGGUCUGAUUUUUCAGUCUCCGUCUCACUCUUGCUGUUAAGACGGCUGCAGCCUGAGCUGAUGAAAGAUUGUGCCAAAUUUAUCAGAAAAAUUUCACCGCUCUGGGCCCAUUUGGGGUGGUUAUGAGGGCGCAAGAUUAGUGCAAAACAUUGGCUUAGAUUCUAGGGGGGUGGGGAGUAGACAGGGUUUUCUGUUAUUGAUCUAACCUUUGCCGUUAAUGUGUUCAGGGAUUUAAUUUACACCAAUAACAAGAAAAGCCCAACGUAAUUUCCAGGGAGAAUAGUUUUUCCUGCAGAAAAGGGCUCUCUGGAUGUGUCUUUUGCCACUGAAGCUCCUUAUUAAUGGUCACAGGCUCCUUUCAGACAUUAUGCAAGACAUGCUUUAAUUUGAUCAAAAGAGUUUUAAAUGUGAGAUGACUCUUCAGGUAUUUAUUGAAUAUGAUCCAAUGUUUGCAACCUUGCACAAAUAUGAGUCAGAAGCACCUCUUGCAAAAAAUAUCUUCUGCUAGAGAAAAAAAAAAUACUAUGCAGGGAAAGAAAAUUUUCUAAUUCUGAAACCUGUUUUAAGAGUCAGCACAAUCUUUUAUGUAAGCAAAGACUAAACAAAAAUUUGAUACUCCAGGACAAAGAUGGGUGAACAACUAUUUAUAAACCAAAUAUUUAGAAUAUUAUUCAAAAAUAAAACUGAAAACUAUUUACUCGACCUGCAUUACAUUACAACACGCAUGACUGUGCAAAUAUUUGUGCCACAUCACUCAUGGCUUCAACACAUACAUCCUACGCCUAUAUCUUGUGUAAACACCUCGACACGGGGACGUCACGGGUUAUCAGGUACACUGACAGACGCAAUAGUUUCAGUGCUGAGUGGGGAUAAACCAGCCAAACAACCGAUCGCCAGAGGUUGGAACAAAUGAGUGUCUUCAACAUACUUUCAUUGUCAUUGUGCAUCUCUACAUGUAAUUCAUUGAUGAUCGCAGAAUUCUUGUAUUGAAAUGUCACCAUUAGUGUGGGCUAUAUUUCAGACACUAUAUUCAGUCCUGAGUUACUGUCCACCCCUACAAUAUAUAUUUGAUUCAUCUUUAUUCUCAUGUCGCCUUGUCUUGUUGAACAUUAGCUGUACGUGCAAACUAAAGUUUCAAAUCACAAGGUUAACAAAUAUGUGUUGUAAUAAUCCCAGAAAAUCAAUGGAAACUGCUAAAAACAUUUGUUGGGAGAUCGCUCAAGAUCUUUUCAAGACUCACUAAACUAAUGACGGAACAGUGGAACUGCCUGCCACCAACAGCGUUUGAGGUGAUACCCACAGCGGAAUGGGGUAAUGCCGCUCCACUACUGGAUUGAUUAACAUGACAACAAUAAAGGGGGUGGGGCCAAAACAUUCAGCUCUGCCCUCAGCCGAACUCAGGAGAGGCGGCCAAUCAGAGGAAAGUAGGCUCAUGGAGGGAUUUGGCUUAAAGAGACAGUAUCUAGAAUGAAGCGUUUCGGAUGAAGGCUCAAUUAAUGGUCUUUUAAUAAACCAGAGUGAGAAACACAAGGUUUUUUUGGAUAUGAAAAUCACGUAAAGCUUUUAAAGAGGUACCAGAAAGGAAGAACGGAGUCUGAAAAAUUGUUAAUACCCCCUGAUGGGGAACUAACAACAGGUGGAACCCGUCUAGAGAAAGUAAAAUAAUACCCACUACAGCUGCAAUAGUGGGUUGUGAUUUAGUUGAAAAGUUACACAGACACAUUUAAUCAGUUUAUGUCCCUCAAAGCACCUACGAAAAUCUUUCAAUUUCUGUAAAUUUUGGCACCCACUGUGGACAACUGUCUUUAAAAACCUUUCCUUCUAUAUGCUUCAGAUCAUUUUUGACUGUCUUACGUAUCAUUUGUUCUGAAUGUGUUAUGACUAACAUGUUAAGACGGUUGUUUGUUCAGUUACUAAGCUGACACCUCCCCCUCGCACCAGUUUCAGACAUUCAAAAUUACUAUAGAAAAUCAACAAUCUUGUCACUGGUGGUCUUGUUUGCUUUUGUAUGUCAUAAAAUGGUUUAAACAUGAACUUUUUUCUACUUCAUAAAUGUGAAAAUACUCCGCAGGAGCUUUAAAAACAGUGAGACUGCAGUGUGUGUUUCUAACUCUUAACUAUGAUUACUAUCACCUUUAUUCCUUCUUUGUUACAAUCGUCACAAUAUACUGGAGUUGUAGAGAAAAGGUAGAUUUGAAGUCAUUAGCUUUAUGACUGAAGAAGGCAAAUAUUGGGCUCUUUUAAAUGCAAAGUGAUUAUCGUUUGAUGACGCCCCCAUUUUUUGUUUAAUUUAUUUACGACACAAUGUUUAGGUAGAAUAUCUGGGGAGUGUAGUUGUACAAACUUUGCGGCUGGCGAAAGACAUUCAAGUCAAAACUGUGCCAAACCAUCACUGUGUCAGUAUUCAGCGAGAGCAAUACGCAUUAAGGGGUAGUUGUCGGUUGGUUGCAGUCUAUUUUCCCGUAAUAUUAGGGGAACCAAACACUUCUUUUUCUGCUUUCUGGUAAUUAAACUUCAACAUGAGCGUUCACUGCACCAUCAUACAACUAUGAUCUAGACUAGUGUUCUCUUUUGUGCUUUCAGUGAAUGUCCAUGUGCUACCUGUUCAGAUAAGUCACACAUAUUCUUUAAAAGGAAUAAAGUAAAAGAAUGAAUCUGAUAUCAUGAUACAAUAGUGCAAGCUUGCAUAAAUUUACUGCAUUUGCAAAGCAACAAGAGCACUUUAUGACUUUGCAUCGAGGUAAAGUUCCCAAAGCUUGAGUCAUGCUGUUCAUCUGCGGGUCAAAGGUCAUCCACCUGCUAUGUUAGUGCAACAACACUCUGAGUAACACACACAAACACACAUUCCUACCUGUCUCUGGGGUCGAUCCAGCUCGUGCACUGGUUAAUGUGGUCAAUGUAGUAGACUUUGCCAUCAAAGUCUCUGGCUUCCUCCCAGCCUUCAGGUAGUGGCAACUCCGUCCUUGGCAUGUCAGGCGAGUCUCCAUGUAAUUAACUCCUCUCUACUCAAAAUCACAACGAAGGGAAACCAUCGCUUUUUCUUCUCCUCAUCGAUGCCAGCUCUUAUUUCCAGGCGUGUAACAGUUUGGAUUAGGCCAUCGUAAUAAAUUAAGGGUUGUGGAAAAAAUAACUGAAGGAUGCAAUGUAACUAUUGCAUCGCUGGAGGCACGUCUGGAUGAUUUAACUUAAAAUAAAAUAAAACCUCGAACAGAUUUCCCCCUCAGAUUUGUCUCACAGGGUCACAUUAACUUUGCACUGAAGCUCACAGGGAGAUGUUGUGUUCUCUGGUGAAUCAGAGGUCAUAAUAAAAGAAAUUUCGAGAUAUUGUUAUUAUCAUAUCAGCAGUUAACCCCCUGAAAUCCCCUCCCCUGUCAGUGUUAAUCCAUAAUAAUCCUCAAAUUAACAAUGAAUCGGAUGUCAAAGAGGAGGACAGAGUCAACAGAAACUGUCUAGGAGGGUAAAGUAGUUCCACUGAGCUGCACUUGUGCCCCAAUUCAUUUCAGUGUGAAGUCAUCCGUAAUAUAAACACAUUACUGUGUUGCUAUUUUUCCACUUGUGAGCGCUGUUUUUACAACUUUUCCCCGAGGUAAAACUUCAACGAGGCCUUGUGUUCAAUUGUAAAGUUAAUUAUAAUUAUCCAGAGUCCACAAAAGUGCCGUUUAAAUCCGCUGAAAUCUCCAAACUGUGGUGGUUUCUUCUCCGUCUCCUUGCCUACAGGCCACCAUGUUGAGCAGCAGUAACCGAUGCUAACCGCCAGCAGUGGGGGGAAUGAACAGUCUGAACAACCGCUGAGAGGAGAAAGUAACGGCUGGGUCCACAGUCGUUAAAAUCCAGUAAAUCCGCCACAAACUUGCGUGUAAUUUCGUUGAAUUAUCCUCAUAAAACCGGACGGGAAGGUAACAGCAGCGGCGGCGGUAAAGUCUUUCCCCAGUCCCGAUGACUUCGGCCGGGUCGAGCGUUGUCAAGCAACGUACGUUGAUUGCAGCUUCCGGUUGGGUUUUCAAAAUAAGAGUUGGAAAUACAGACGGCAAAAACGACAUCUCCGGUUGGGAACGUACUAAACGUUGAAGCAUGUUGAAAAAAAAAACAGCCCCUUUAUCUUGUAUUAAUGUAGUUAUCUUUCUAAUUAUGAAAACAUGGCAAAAAUGUUUCUACCUUUGAAUUUUAUCCACGAUGCGAAAAUAAUUCGUUAAUUCGGAAAGAAAAUGUUGAAUGACUACAUGAAUAGAUAGAGAGAAAUAGAUAUAAAUGUAAAUAGACAUUUCUAUUUGGGUUAUCAAGUAAAGAUAAGUGAUUAAAAUAAUCUCUUAUUGAAAUGGCUGCAAAUGAAUUUAUAGUUUUUCAACAUUUUAAUGAAGUGUCUGUGUAAGAGCUACAGCUGGUGCUAUUAUUGUUCAAUUGUCAUAACAUGACUGCAUUAUUUUGACCCUUAAUGACCAAAGACUGUAUACAGUCUAUCGCCAUGACCCACACAAGGUCAUCAAUUUUCUACAACUAUUUCCUCAGUAAUAGCUUUAAGCCCAUACACAGUUUUUGUUGUGGUUGUUGUUUUUUUGCCAUUUUUUUUUGUUCUACUAAUCAAAAAUAUUUGUCAUUAACUUCAUCAGUUUGUUGUUGUUGUUGUUGUUUUUUCUGGCUAUGGCUGUUUUCUCUUUUUGUCCACUAUAUGUUUAGUUCUCUUCCAGUAUCUUUUUUCCUCAUAUAAAAAUGUUGUAUUAUAGUUUGGAUCACGGUAUUUCACACACUGGUAAGCCCACAGCGCACUCUGCAGGCCGACAGCUUUAACUGCCAAAAAGGCCUUUAUGCUGAUUGUUGAUUCAGGUCACUUUUACAGGUGGUGUUUCAAGUGUAUCUGGUCUGAUUUGUGUGAAAAUCACAACUUUGAAUCCUGACAACCUUGUACUCAUGCACUACUAUGUCAAACUAUUGUUAUCUUGUUAAUUUUAAAUGGAUUAACACUUUUCUUCACUUGUCUAAAUGCUGAUUACCAUAGGAAUCCUAGGAAUGAUUAACUCAAAGUUGGAUGUGAAGUGGUUUGCAGACACAACAGAUCUGUUUCACACAAAGUCAUGCACGGCGCUCUAACUCCAAACCAAAGUGCUGCUGCAUACUGAACUGUUUGAUGGCCCUUCACUCCGUUGUUAUCAGAUAUAUAACCACACUUUGCAUGCUUGAAACACCGCAUGUCAUAUACCUGUGAGUUAAUAACAAAACCAAAGACACAGUUCAUAUUUGGACAGCCUCUGUUGAUCAUACUUUUGAUGUAUUUACUUUACAAUCUUUAUGUGUCUUUAUUUUAGUAACUGUAUAUUCCAGUGCAUAAAUGCUUAAUCUGAGCAUAAUCAAAAUGUUUUUUUUUUUCUCUCUCUUUUCUGUAGAAACUUUCAUUAUUGCUUGCAGAUUGUCUCUCUUGCAGAAGCUGCUGAUUGUUUUGUUUCAGUGUAGCAGUGUUCAGGACGGAGAGUAGGCUUCGUUUAAUCAUCUUGGUGUAUUCUGUGAGAUUUUAAUCAAGAUCAAUUCAGUUCACAGUGCAAAGCAAAUUUCCUCUGAACGAGAUCACGUCCUGUGUUGUAUUAAAGGCCUUCUGCUGAUCCUUAACCACCAGUUUGAGCAGUCUUUCAGCAGGUCUUUCUUCUGAAUGUGUGAAGUUUCUCCACUUUUCCAAUAGAAGUAAGGGCUUCUUGCAAUAACAUGUUAUUCAGCAAACCUUAUUUUUAUUCAUUCAUUUGAAAAUGUAUCCAACCAGAAAAGCCUCUCAAAUCAAAAUCUCUUUUGCAGGAGUGUCCUUCCCAAUAUCAGCAUCAGCAUAUUUGAUAUAAAACACAUAUUGAUGUAUCUGGGGUCACUUAAUAUAAAGUAACCAGUCAAAGCAUCUACAGCCUGAUGCAUUCAUCUAUUGCCUCAAACUGACACAAAUCCUCCUGCAGCAGAUUCCAGGCUGCGCAGCCACUAUACCUAAAACUCCUUUUUCCCAUUUCAAAACACACGCUGAGUUCAAAUGGCAAAAUAAAGUAUUGGGACUUGAUCAGAAAGAGAAGAUAGCUUACAGCAUUUUCAACUGUAGAAUUGCAUACAUAACGGGGAGAAAGUUAAGAACUGUCUCAUGAAUACAGACGUGUUCGUGAUUUAGUCUGAAGACAAACAAUUCAAACCAGCCAACUUCACCAAUCAGCGAGCAGGGAUGAUUUACUGUGUCAGAUAGCAAAGUAACAAACCUCUAAAGCCAGAUAGUUUUCAGUAACCACGCAGUAAUGGCACUGAGAUGAUGCAUGCGUUCAUUUGUACCUAUCUACAGUAACAAUGACUUUGUGUACUUAACAUGGGUCAUCCUUUUGCCCCAGUAAGCUGACGUUACUUUACCCUUUCCCAUUAGGUUUUGCAAUGGACAAAAAAUGUAUUCAAAUAUCACAGAAUUAUAUACAGCGGUGUCACAAUCGAAUGAGGAGUAAGCUGGAGAAAAGUAAGUCGUUUUCCAACAUCUACGUCACUUCAACAGUGCACGGUAACACCACAGCCUAUGAUAAAGUUACUAAGCAGGUACAUGACUGAAUAAUCAGAGCCAUAUCAACAACACAGACACAUGCAAGACUAAGACGUGACUCUAGAUGGAGCACUUCACCUCGGUUUGUGCUCUGUCAGGCUUUCUGUGAUACUAACAACUCCCUCAUCUUUGUACCUCAUGCUACACUUAUACACCUGCAAGUUAUUUUAUUGGGAGGCAAUUGUAUUUUAUGGGGGAAGUUUUGAAAUAUUGUCAAAGGUUUUGGUUGGCAAGAGGCAUUUGAUUCAGCCUCAUGUGUCUUUUAUAGAAUAUUUAUAAUGUUUUUGACUCUAUUAUGCAUGUGUAGGUAUCUUACAUCUUAUUUUUAGGCCUCUGCUUGGCUUGUUUUGUUCAUAUUAUUGAUAGUUUGUGCUGUUCUGUCUUUGUUUCAAUAUUACAUCAACUUGCACAACCAAAACUGAGUCUGAUUUAUUCAUUUUUGGUUAACAAUUGGUGUUUUUGUUAAAGGAUUUAGUAGUUAUAGGCUAUAUUAAGAUUCCGGACUUCAGCCCUGUCCGAAAUGCAACAUGCCAGAACAUGCCCUAUUUUUCAGUGGCUUUAUCUAAAAGGGAACCAAAUAAAUAUAUGUAAAAAUUUCAGUACAAUAUAAAGAUCUCUGCAUAUAUUUAUUUUCUUUCCACGUCGAAGUGCAAAAACGGAGAACUUCAGUUGUAGUAGAGUUUACAAGCCGACCAUGAACGCACCAUUUUCUCCUCAUGGGCGUCUGACAACAAAAACAAGCUGAGAGAGAGAGAGAGAGAGAGAGAGAGAGAGAGAGAGAGAGAGAGAGAGAGAGAGAGAGAGAGAGAGAGAGAGAGAGAGAGAGAGAGAGAGAGAGAGAGAGAGAGAGAGAGAGAGAGAGAGAGAGAGAGAGAGAGAGAGAGAGAGAGAGAGAGAGAGAGAUCACAUGUCAGAGCGUACACCGGCAUUCAGAGAGGAAGUGGCAGCGAGUCUCCGCACUGUCCGUGUCCGGGAAGCAGUGAGUGUCCGCCGGAUUCAGCCGCCGGGUCCAGCCGCCGGUCCUAUGGUUCUGCUCCGGCACAUCUCCAUCGCCCUGACCGCCGCCGUGGCUGCCCUGGGCUCCGCGCUCUUCAUCGCCCUGAACUUCUUCUACAAGAGGAGGGUAUGGUCCCCGCAGGCGGAGUACUGCACGAUCAAAGAGGUGAGAGCAGGAGACUGAUAGGCUACAGGACUCCAUUUUUAUUUGAUUGUUUUAUGGUUUCAGUCUUAACUGCUCAACUUAGAGAGGAGGUGGAGAAGAGGAGAUGUUUCACCUGGAGGAAUGACUUUGAGGGAAUGACGGCAGGUUCUUUAUGCACAUACAACUGACAUGAAGAUGAUGAUGAUGAUCACAAAAUCAGGCGAAGAUUGGAGUUGUUUGAUGAAUAUUUUGUUGGAUCUGAUCAUAUCUUUUAUUUUUUUUAAAUAAGAUGAAAAGUGAUGAUGAUGAUGAUGAUGAUGAUGAUGAUGAUGAUGAUGAUGAAAUAUAGCACGAGUGAUUAGAAACUGAGAAGGCCACAGUGGAAUUGUAAAUCACUGGUGAUGAAAACUGUGGUGGUGGUGAUGAUGAUGAUGGUCUUAGUGUUGAGAAUGAUCAAACAAAUUUCAUCAUGAUGAUGAUGAAGAUGAGGGGGAUUAUACUUCUGAUUCCUGAUGAAGAUAUUGACCUCGAAACAUGUAAAUAAUGAGAAUAGCGAUGAAGAUGCAGGACAUGAUAAUGAUGUUGGAGAUGAAAAAAAGAGAUUCCAACUGGGCAUGAGUUAGUCCAGGCUGAUGAAGAUCAAAGUGAAGAUUGGAUGGUAAUAAUGAUGCUUUUGUUAUUGAAAUUUAAAGCUAUGGUGAGGAAUUUUCUUUGUUGAUGUUGGUGCCCCCUGGGGACAAAGUGGUAACCCCAGUGUUUUAUUCUCAUCUUCAUUUCGUGGAGUUGACACUCGCUGCGAAUGUUUGCUGUCAUAGUUGUAACUUCCUCAGCCUCCUCACAGCAGUUACAGACAUUUAGAAAAUGACAAUAUAGAAAUUGUCAAUGAUUGUUGACGGGCUGUUUGCUUUUGAUCAUCACUGUUCUUUUCCAGCUGUUUCAUAACGCACCAAAGACUCCAGUAAGUAAAGACUCCACUUUACAAUAACCAUAAUUUAUAAAUGGAAAAGAGAUAGUUUAUUAAUGUUUAAUCAUCAUUUAAAAACAGCAUAUUGACCAAUUAUAAAUGGCAAAUAGAUAGUUUAUCAAUUAAGUUAAUAGUUACUUUACCAUUAACAAGCAAUGACAUUAUGAUUAUUAAUGGACUAUUUAUUAAAGGUUUAUAUAGGGUUUAAAUGUUGGUGGUAAAACAUCUAGAUUUAAAUGUAUGUCAGUAGAACUUUGUAAAUGGUUAAUAUUUGGUUUUUAAACCAUCUAUAAACAUUACUUGGAUGGUUAUUGUAAAGUUAGGGUCAGAGUCAGGUUUUUGAAAUUAUAAAAUUUACAAUUUAUCAGUGGUCUCAAUGCUAUUUAUAAAUGAUGAUUAAACAUGAUUAAACUACCUGCUUACCAUUUAUAAAUGAUCGAUUUACCAUUUAUAAGUUAUGGUUAUUGUAAAGUGUUACCAAAACUCCUUAAAGGAGCUUGAAAAAAAAUAGAGAAUGGAAACAAAAGCACUUGGAGUUUGGAGUUGGAGUUUGCAGAAUGGGCUCAAGUUUGCUGAAUGAAACAACACAGUGCUGCAGAUCCACAUGGAGUAAAAAGUCAGGGGAGAGUGAAAACAACUUUCAACUCUUUUUUUCUUGUUGUUGUUGUUGAAGAGAAACUUCCCCCCCAAAACUGGCCCCUCUUUGCACAGAAAAAUCUGCCCUCAAGUGAUACAGCUGGUCCACAAAAUGCCCAAAAAACACAGAAGAGUGAUUUGUAGUUAGAAGUAUAACUUUGCAAUAACUAGGAGAUCCUAUCUGGUAUUGUUCGAUGAUGAUACUCCUAGGCUAAAAUCAAUGGCCACUUAUUCUGCAUUUCUGUAUUUUUUGUUUAUCCAGAGGUUAGCUACCUUCCUUUUCCAUUGCAUCUGCAAAACAGACUUUGUCAUUUCUCAUUUCGUCAUAUCCCAGUUGACAUGAAGUAGUUUUCCUUUAUCAGUUUCUGGUGACUCUUAGUUUUACUGUAAAUAAGGUGCAGGGUUUUAAGUUCUUCAGACUGAACCAUCUGUAGGAACCUGAAGAAAAUUAAAGGCAUCAGUUCAGUCUUCCAGGUAUGUCUGUUAAAAAAAAGGUGUCACUUUUAAGUCAAUGCAUCUGCUUCUGGUAAGUCUCAGUUUCUCUGUAAACAUGAGGCCUCACUCAGGCGUACUUCAGCAGGAUGAACCUGAAAAACAAACCAAUCAAUCUCUGUGAUUUCUUUGCCAUUAUCAGUCUUAAUUUUGUCAUUUGUGUCUCAAAUUGGUGAAGAAUGGAUUGUCAGGACAGCGUAUGGUAUGUCUCAGGCUGUUUUUUAUUUAGCUGACUUGGACACUGAGCCUUUUAAUGAACGAAUCUUCCGUGGUGGAGUCUCCAGCUGCAGCCUGAAUCUCUUAAUAAAAUCUAUUUGCAUGUCUCUAAUCUUGUUUCUUGAAUUCAGGCAACAGCAGCAACCUGUAAUAAGCUUAUCCUGUGUCAUCUGUCUCAGUGCGUCUGUGAGGAUCGUGUUUUAAUAUUAUAAAGAUGUCAGUGUGCAUGGUGCUCGCUGCAGAGGGGGCAUUAGUGAUUCUGUUCCUGAGGCCAAAUUGUACCGAGCUGUGUUGUAAUCACGUCUCCGGCCUCUGAGAGAGGGGGAGUUGACUUAAUAGGUGUUUGUGACCUCUGGGAGUUUGUGCAGGUGGGAGGGCCGCACACGCUGGCAUACACGGAGCGGAGGAGAAGAAACUGCUUCAGCAGGAGAGCGGAGAAUAGUAGGACAAACUAUAAAGAUUGAUCUUUGUUAUGAGGAUCAGUUUAGAUUUGUCUGAAAUGCGGUUAUUCCUGCAGAAGCUCAUGCAAAUGUUGGCAAUAAAGGAAUUGAUCCAUUCAGUGGAUUUUGACUGAUUCUUUUUACCAGGACGAUCUGCAUAAAAGUCAAUUUUUCCUUUACAUUUCCAACACAUGUAGUGAUAAAUUCGACUGUCAAUAGACAACAGGAGGAGAAAUAUGUCAAAAAACCUCACAGAGUUAUCAGAUCAAAUAGAAAAAUUGAGAACUCUUAACUUGACUCAAGAUGCAAACAAAGGCUGAUUGUUGGACGUGAUGCUACUUACUUCAUCAGACACCAACCCAGCAGCAACGGAUACAAGCAGUAAAACCAGUCACCAGAAGAAGACAGCUUCAUACAGAGGCAUCAGCUCUCGUUUUAGCCUGUUUUAUAACGAGGUAUAAACUCUCAACAGCACAUUUGAAGCCUCCUGCUAAAUGAAACGAGUUUGUGUUGUUGUCAGGGGAAGUUUUGAAUGAUGUAUAAUUCAGUAACUGACGAGCGAGUUGUAAAAGAAAGUAGAAAAUGUGAACACGAAGGACUCCAGAAGCGCUGAACAUGAAUGAUAGUUAGUGACGGAGUAAGAGGAUCAGAGUUUCCAUCACAUCUCUGCAUUUGGGAUUCAGAGCUGCAGGCGAGUGGACUUUUCUGCUUCCAUAAGAUAAAGUCAGAGUGUUUUAGACGUGCUGGAGCGUCCUUCAGCGAGAAGCUAAAUCCUCCUCAGAUCUGCAGCUGAGCAGGGAGUUUCUGCUCUUCCCUUUGGAGCAGAAAAACAAAGGAAAUCAAUACAGAAACGCUACUUUUUAUGAGAAAUGGAAAUGUCUGCGGAGUUCUUGGAGCUUACAGAGAGCAGCAGAGAUGAAUGGUUUGAAAACAUCGGAUUUGACGGCGUAUGACGAAUAUUGUAGGAUAAAAACAGUAUGGAGAUAAAGAAGGAAAUUGAGUUUGUUGAUAUUUCUUUCUGUCUUGGAUUUAGGUUUCCAUUUUCCCCACAUGGUAAAAGUAUGCUUUUAUUUUGAAGUAUGAACUGCUUCCUGUAGAUUGUGAGUUUAGGAUCUGAAUAAAAAUCAAACGAUUAGAAAGUAUGAAUGUUUGAUUGACUAGUAACUUAUGGGGAUACAGACUUUAGUGUUUGUUUUGAUUGAAUGUCAGCUUUAUAAAAGUGUCCAAACAUCUUUAAUUUGUCUUGACCAUCUGUAUCACAGUAUUGACACAGUUUAAAGCUCCAGUGAACAAACUUUCGGUGUUGAUUUUGGCGCCAAUUCCACCUUGUCCUUGUAAACGCGGUGUUAAUGGACAAAAAGUCUGCCGUGGUGAAAUUUGUCAUUCGCUGUUGGAAAAAUAACAGAGGCCGUUUAUUUUAGUCUGUUUCAUAAUUUUAAUUUCAAAAGGUCCUCCUCAUAAUGAAGCCCAUUUGUCCAAAUAUGUUUUUUAAUCCAGAUUAUUUGCUCCCUAAAUCUUCAAAAAACUGGAAUUUUUUUCUCAUGAUUUGCCACUUUCUAAAUUUUCCCCCCCUCAUACCGAUAUUACUUAAAUCUUACAGAAAACUGAAACUAACUAAAACUGAAAGAAUUUGGCAAGUUAAUAUUAGUCAGGGCAGAGAAUUUAAAGGGAUAUUUCACUGUUUUUGCAGUGGCGUUGUUUGAGAGCAGCUAAUUUGGGAAGAAAGCAUGCAUCUCAGUUGAAGUGUACACUCCUCUGAGGGUCCCUCCGGUUGUUAACUUUGCCUUCAGAAAAUUUCAUUCCUUUUUGCACAACAUCAGGACUCGACACAUAAUGCCCCUCAGCCUACAGUGUACUAUGGAUUUCAUGUUUUGAUGGUUAAAAGCUUUAAAAUCUCUGACAGGAUCUUGGAAAGUGCACGUUUACAAACAUUGACCACUUUGCACAAAGUCCGUGCUGACAUACUUCAAACUGAGAGAUAACACCAAAAGUUCUGCAGCCUCAGCAGACUUUGAGCGGCUCAGGGCUGUCACAGUUUGAAGUGUGUCUCCCUGCUGAUUCCAACGAUGCAAAUACACAGAGACAGGAGGCUGCAGAUCUGUGCAGCAUCCCUGUUUAUCUGAGGCUAAUGUUUACCCUGCAACACCAGGGCGUGAUUACAGGCUGGAACACGCCAGAUGAAACUUAAUUCAUCGACAAAUACGUCUUUCUGACACAUGACAUGAUAUUUGCUGCUUCAUAUAUGAAGUAAUCUGAGGCUGAAAUCACCUUAAGUGGUGAUUUGAGCAUUCAUGCACGAGGUGAAAUUAAAAGUGAAAUUUCCAAAGUGGUGCAGCUCAGCUCUGAAGGGGCUGAUAUGAAUUGCUAAUUAACCACCGCACAGAUCAUGAAUAAAGACAAACCUGGGACUCCUGUGCAGGAUCUCAGAGGGUUUGUGAGUCUCAGAUGUAAAAGAGAGAGAGCGUGGAGGUUGAAAUCCUGCUGCUAACCUUUACAGAACGUCUUUGAAUAGAUAACUCCCUGUGUCCUCGCUCUGAUCUGACCUAAAUAUGCAGAAAUAAAGGGCAGGUAUCAGCUCACAUGCUGCUGCUCUGUCAUGUCUUUUAUUAAAGUUUAAUAUCAGGACUUUCACCUCUGGAGGUUUGCAGAGCAGAUUCAUUUUCCAGAAAGCAUCAAGGAGUAUUUUUUUUUCGCUCUCAAAGUCCAAACUGUCCAAAAUACUCAGUUUGACACAUAACAGUAAUCCAUAACUGGUCUGAACUUAUCUGAAAAAGAAAGUGUUUGGUAUAAUGCAAUCAGAGCUGCAGAGAACGAUGAUAUUCAUUAUCAUAUAAUCCAUAAAUCAUCAAAGAUGAAAGGAGAGGAGUGCACUCUGGACUCAGAAUGAAGUGGUUGGAGCAGCUCUUUGGAUACGGAUGAAUACAGUGGAGGUGCUCCGUUUGUUUGUCCGAUGAAUUAUUUGCUUGUAAUGGAAGUAUUUGAUGAUCAUUCUGUUGAGAAAAUGUUAUCCAGGAAGACAAAAUAAUAGUGUGUGGAGGGAGCCAACACUGAGAGAGGAGAAAGAGCAGCUGCAACAAAGCGACCAGAGUAAAAAUAACAUCACCUGGGUGGAUGAUUUUACUGUUUUAGAGGAGGAUGACACAAGUGCACUCUGAAAAACAAGAGGAGUAAAAGAAAAGCUCUCACAUUUUAAAACAAGUCACCCAAAAAAGAUGUCAUAAAAAAAGCACAAGUAGGUGUCAUUUGAAUGGUUCUAUGAGGGGACUUUAUGUAAACAAAGCGUCCUCUGGUUGUCUUUUCAGUGAAAAGUUGUUAAAAUGCUCUUUGUUAAUCCUUAGAGUGUAAAGAAUAUCAACGAAGUUCCCUCUGGAUUGAUGAAUGUCCCAUCUGUAUGCUCUCUCAGUCUAGAAAUUGUAAACAAAGUGCACUUAUUUACUUUUAUUGGGGAAAAAGUCAACAAAGUGCCUUUUAAAUUCCAGUUCAGUAUGUGAAAUGUUAACUAAGUGUCCUCUUGAUCCCCUUUUAGAGUAAAAAAUAUACUAAAAUAUACUAAUACUUUUUAUGCAUCAAAUACAAUGUAAACAAAGUGCCCCUGGGUGCUCUUUAAGUUGAUAAAAUGUAAAUGAAGUUCCCUCAGGAUGUCCUUUCAGAAGAUGAAAUGCUACUUAAGUGCCUUCUUGAUACCCUUACAGUGUACUGAAUAUAAAUAAAGUGCCCUGCAUUUGCCGUUUCAUUGUAUAAAAUGCAAACAAAAUGCCUGUAUGUCUUUCAGUGUAUUGUGAACAAAGUGCCUGUAAUACAUUAUUAGCUGUUGUUGGUAUUGAAGCUUACAUAUGUAGCUGUGGCUUGAGGCUGCAUAAGUUAUGGCAACAACAGCCCCAUUUUCCACAAUUAAUUUACAAAUGUGGUUAUAAUUUUGUCGUUCUUGUAACCCUGAUAGUGAUGGUUUUUAGCUUUUCUGAACAUCUCUGUCCUCUGCUCUCUGCUGCAGGAGGAGGAGGAGCGUGGGAAGCGGCAGGUACUGGUCCUCGGUCUGGACGGGGCCGGGAAGAGCAGCAUGUUGCAGGGUUUGACCCCCGGGGAGUCAACGGCUAAAAGAGGCCGCUGCCGACCCACCCGUGGCUUCAACUUCAUGAGCAUGAACGCCCCUGCCUGUCAGCUGGACUUCCUGGAGAGUAAGAGUCCUUUUUACCCCUCAAAAUCAAACACUGUGGGCUGCAUGGCUUCUAGACUGAAUUUAUGUUUUAUGAGGCGGCAUGAAGCGGAGCAAUGAAAAGACAUUUUAAGUCUCUGUUCAGCACAGAUGGCUUUUUGUUUCAUUAAACUUACAGAGUACCAGACAACUCCACUGAGCAGACCGAAGUGCAGACUCAAACGCCUGAAAAUGAGCCUCUAUCUAACCAACAGAGGAUAGAAAAGCUGGAGAUAUGAUUGCAGUUUAUAACACAGGAUGGCUGCCACACAUCUCCAGUGUUGCUUUGGUGGAUCGGCUCAUUCUGAUCAAGUUUAAGCUAUGUUACUCGUAUCCCUUUUGUAUCGUAAUUGUGGGUUGCAAGUAUAUCUUUGGUCUAAGAGUUAUAUAAAGAAUAAAAGAAAUAAAAUUAAAAAAAGCCAUAAUAAUGUAAAUUUACAAGAUUAAAGGUACAAAAAAGUUGAAAAUUUUAGGGAAAAAGUUGUUAAUAUAUGGGGGAAAAAGUGUUGGGCUUUUUUCCAUCACUUUUUUUUCUACCAACGUUAUCUGAAAUUUACAAAAAUAAAAAUAAACCUGCUCUUUUUUUCUUUUGGAAAGUGUCUUGGGAUAACGACUCUUGUGAUUUGGCACUAAAUAAAUAAAAUUUGAUUGAUUGAUUGAGGACAAAAGUGUAAAUUCAUAAAAAUAAACUCAUCUUUGUUAUUGUCAAAUAAUUGUCAAGUUAUUUGUCAAGAAUAGUCUGGCAAAUUUACAAAAAAAGCGUGGUAGAUUCAUGAGGAAAAAGUGAUUUACAAGAUAAGAACAUGAAACUAUAAUCCAUAAACAUAAGGUAACAACCGAGACCUAAUGGUGCUGUGACAGCAACGUGAUUGAGUUUGACACAGUGAAAAUACAUAUGGUAUGUUGUAUCUGAAUAGGUUAGCUUAUGAGCUAAAGUUACUUAGCACAGAUGAAAGUUAAAACAAAGACGUUUAUCAAACUGUUAAAGCACACAAACCAUCGUCAUAUGAGAAAUCCGACGCUCUGACUCUCCACAAGUCGUCCUUCAGAUCGUUAUCUUUGUAAUGUUUGUGUCUUUUAUCAAAAAUCACUCUUUUCUCCGACACGUAAACAAUCAGCCGGUCGGCCAUGUUGGAUAUACCGGUGAAUCUGACGUCACAACAAGACACAAUCUGAUUGGUUAGAAGUGGACACACAGUGUGCGAAACUUUUAAAAAAUUGACCGUGAUACAAAAAAAUAAAUGCUGCAAUAUUGCAGGACAGGAAAACGUCGCUGAUGUGAACGCUUGUAUUGACAGGAUACAGGUUCAAAAACAAUAUAUUGAUGUCCGAAAUAAUUGCACGAAAAAAACGCUCCCAGUGUGUAAGGACCUUAAGGCUUGAAAUUUCCUCUUUUAAUCUAUUGUUUGUCUUCAAAUUGUGGCCCAGAAUGUAAUACCGUAAUGAUAAUAGCUUCUGUAUGUUAGUAUGCUAAGCCAGAAUCUUCCAGCCUCCUUUUUUCCUCUCCAUACUAACAAUUUCAGAUCACUGAGAUGAUUUAAACUCUGAGGUUGAUAAACAGUCAGCUCAAACUCAACAUAUAGCUCAGUAAAAAGCUAAAAAUCCAUGAAUUAGUUAUCCGUAGCGUCAUCAAUAGUUCCUUUUCUUGUCAUGUAAUACACAAGGGCUAGAAGAUAUCAAUCAAAGCAGAUUUAGGCGUCGGCAAACAGCACUACUGGUUGUAUGUGAUCCUAGCUGUAGUUCAGAACUUGUUCCAUAUUUCACUUGUUUUUCUCCAGCUCUGCUCUGGUGCCCUCGGCAUCCAUCACUGCCAGCACAGAGGCAAUCUCUGCUUUUUCUAUUUUCUCCUGAUCUGUUCACUGACUGAGAGAAACUUCCAGCAGGUUUUGUUUAGCACCGAGGCAAAACGAAAGGAACAGUAAAAGCCUCCAGAAACUCAAAUCCACGAGAGCUCCUUUUUAACUCAGGGAGCCGAAAUCUUUAAGAUUAGAGUCAAUAUAAAUUUAAAAUGUGAGUUAUUAUUAUUACUUAAGCCUUUCCACCAAUGGGGUUUGGAUUUUUUAAACUGUCUGGCUUGGACACAUCAAAUGGACACUGUUUACUCCUUCUGUUGGCAAAUUAAUUCAGUGAUUUAUGGCUGCGAGCAUUGCAUGUUGACUGGUGCUGUCUAUAUUUAGCUGCAGGAGUUCAAUCCGCUAAUGAUCUGUUUUUGGAACAUACACCUAGAGGCUGGCUCCAGAAGCACCAGAAGUUACAUACACACCUGUUCUAAAAUUAAACAUGUUUACAGGCUGGUACAUAAACAGUUUUGAUCUAAAUAGAGGAUUUCACUAUGCACACUGAAUAACGGGUGAUAUUUAUUUAUAACUCAAUCGCUCUGAAGAGAAAAAGGAUUGCAUGAUUAAUGGCGUUGAUUGCCUGACAGGAGGGCACAAAGGUAGUUGUUUAUGGAGAAGGUGGAUCGACUGAGAGUUAAGUUGAAGUAUGGUUUCUGCCAGUGGAUUAGCUUUUAAACGCCACUCCAGAAGCUAAUGGGGGACAUCAACAAGUCUAUGUCUAAGUUUGAGACAGUCUAUGGUUAAAUAUCCAGCAGAAAGCAUCUUUGGGAUCCGUAACACAACUUCUCAGAAACCACAUCACUGAGACUACAUCCAUGUUUGACACAGUCCACGGCUCUUCUUCUGACAUUCCAAACCUCAGACAGAAAACCCUCCAAACUACUCUCUGCCCGUGCUGCUGCAGAUAUAAUUGACUAUCUCUCAAAUGCAGAUGAGGCUGUUAAAAUCGUGUGCGUCUAAAAAAAGGAGAGCAAAGUUUAUUUACAGGCAAACAAACAUUGCAAAUUAGCAUUCCACUGAAACUCUCCACACUGUUCCAAAAAUAAACCAACAUGACUUUGCUUUACAUUCAGUCUGACUGGCUGUGGUCGGCCUCAGAUUGAGUUUCUGCGGGUGUAUUCGGAGAGAUGUGUCAUGCUCUGCGGCUGAUUUAUUCAUGAUCUGAACACAAGGAUCGGUGGGCGCCUUCAAUCUUUCUCUCAUCGCUGAAAGUAAGAGCAGCACAUGUCACCGCCCACUCAGUCAGAAGGCUUCGACAUCUCUGUGCGGUGAAAGUCGGAGUCUUUGUCUGGGUGACGUUGAUGCAGAGGCAUGUUGACAGCUCAGGAGUGGUACGCAGCUCAGGGAUGGACGAGCUCUCUUUGAGGAGUACAUCAGGGAAAUCCAGCUAAAAGCCUUUAAACUCUGAAUGAAACGAUUCGGAUCAGAUCAGGGAGGGAAGUUGGCACGAGCUUUGAGCUGCUGAGAUUUGAGUUUGUGCUAAAAGGAAGUGAAAAGCAACAUCUGGGGGGAAGUUCCUGUUAUUUUCUGCAUGUUGUGUGUGUAUAUGAUUGGACUCAUAAGUGUGGGUUUCCUCUUUAACAUGUAUUCUGGUGUUGGUACAGUAUGUUCUAGUCUGUCUUCAUCUUGAUUUGAGGAACUACCUCCACGCAAACUUACAAAAAAAUAUGGAUACCGUCAAUAAACACACCUAUUUCUCUCUGCAUGUCAGCACUUUAAACAUAGCCUCACUCUUCUCACGUGCAAUCAUCUGCAAACAGCCUAAAGUUGUAUUCAAACAUAAAACUCUAAACUCCAAAAAUUCAUCAAAUUUUCAAGGCAAGUUAAAAGUUUAGAUAAACUAAAUUCACAAAGGAUGAUUUGGGGAGACAAAUGAUCUGGUAUCACUUUUAAAAGGCACAAGCUAACAUAUACCGUACCCUAUUGUAUCAUAUUGCAUCGUGUCACAUCAUAUCGUAUUGCAUGGUAUCAAAUCACAUUGUAUCAUAUUAAAUAAUAUAUAAUCGUAUCAUAUCACAUCAUACCAAAUUCUAUUGAAUCAAAUUGUAUUGCAUUGUAUCAUUUCCAAUUAUAUUGUAUGUAAUCAUAUCAAAUAAUAUCAGAUUGUAUCGUUUCACAAUGUAGCGAAUCAGAUCAUAUUAUAUCCAACACUGUAUCCAAUGAUAUCGAAUCAUAAUGAAUGGUAUUAUUUUGUAUCAUAUCAAAUAGUACUAUAUCGUAUCAAAAUAUCAAACCCAAGCGGUAACUGCAGCUCCUGACACCACAUACACACAGUUUUAGUCUGAAUUGUUGUGAUCCCACUGUGGAUUUUUCGCUAUUGGAUUUGCUCCAAAGUUAUUAAGGUCACCAGAUUGGGCACGGAGUAUUUGAUUGGUUCGCAGGCACAUUGUAGCUAUAGGGAACCGAAGCCACGCCCACUUCCGCGUUAGCGCUAUAGGUCCUAUUGGGAUAAUAGGAGUGAAUGGACAGGUCUAUGGUAUUUUCUGGUCCGCUUUGUUUUACACCCUGAGUCACAAAUAUGUUGUAUUUUAACUUAAAUGAUAACCAUUAAGGUAAGUAAAGGCUAUGUUUGUUGUGUAAUUGUUGAUCUAUUUGUCUUUGAAAACACGUAAAUGGAGAGACUACAGACCUCAAGAAGUCGCGUAAAUGACGUCACGUCAGUAUUUCUACUUCUAGCUAGCUGACAACUCCUGUCAACUCGUUAUCAUUGCCAAAAUGCCUGUGUACUGUAGUGGUUUUCACCACGUUUAAUACUCUUUCCUUCAUCCUGGAAGAAGGACGUGAAACUUGCCAAAGUCACCGCCAUCGUCGUCUGUCAAAGCUUAGACAGUGACGCAAAAAUAGUGCGACGAGCGGUGUAGUUCAUUACGUGGUCUCACUCUAAAUUAAACUGUAGUUAUAGCAACAUGUCUAAAAUCACGGCUUUUUCGAGGUUAAAAUGUAAAUUUAAACAUGAUAAACAUUAUAUGUGAAAUGUGUAGGGGCUUCGGUUCCCUAUACCAAAGCGGACCAGUAGUUAUAUAUAUCUGUCCAUUCAUUUUGAUGGGCUCCAUAGGACCGUAUGCUAACCCGGAAGUUAGCAUGACUUCGGUUCCCUAUUUGUGACGAGGCGAGAGGCCUGCCUCUGGUAGGUUGACCGAAGUUUAGGUUGAUUCAGCAAUUCUAAUAUGGCAACUGCUGCUGAAAGGCUUCAGAACGCUGCUUGUCAAACAAAUGUCACCGAUAGGUCCUGUUAUUAUUAAACAGUCUAAAAUUAUACUGAAUUAUAUCGUAUGGUUUAGUGUAUUUUACUAUUGUACCAUACUAUAUUAUUUCCUAUCUUGCUGUACCAUAAUAGAAGAUGAAGUAUUGUGUUGUUGAAUUUCAUAUCAUGUAUCCUGUUGAAUCUUAUUUUAUUGGAAGGUAUCAUACUGGAUCCUUGUUGACUACUAGGACUCUACUUGUCCUACUCAAAUUGCUAAUAUAUGCUAACAUAAGCUUCUAUUUUACCACAGUGUCCACAAGCAGAAAUGAAAUUGGAUUGUUUUGAGUUUACAUGGACAUUCACUUUAUGGCUGAGGAUUAAUUACCAUUAAUUACCAAUUGAAAUAAUUUAAUUUAAGUCUCAGUGCACUUAGUGGAACUCAUCUUGUCCAAUCAGAUGCUUUUGUUGAAACAAACCGUUUAUUUGACGCAAAAAUUGUGUAAUUGUGAACUUUUUUUUUUUGCUUCAGUCUUCAUUAAAAAUAGUGAGGAACUAUUUCCCCUCUGAAGAUCACAACUUAAUUCAGUAACACACAUCAUUCACACCUCUGCAGAGCAUUAGGACAAACCUCCCUCUGAGCACCGUCUGACCGUAAACCAGCAGCUGCUGUCUCUGCUGAGCGUCAGGGCCACCAUCAGAUAAACAGGCAUUCAUUUCUGCCACCCCACAUCAGCUGAAACUACAUCCCUGCCCUGUUACCUAGCAACAUCCUACAUUAAGUCCAGCGCUAAUGAAUUCCUGCUGAGCGUCCCUGUGCUGCACUUGGAGGCGUUGACGACCUGAAGUCAAACCCGCCCGAGUGUGUGAGCUAUGAUUGGUUUCAGUCUCUGAUGGUCAUUCAAGCUGUGGGUCAGUUCUCCUGUGCAGUGGGACUGUUGGAGGUUAAAGCCCAUCAAACCCUCCCUGCUAUCAAAGAUAAAAAUGAUUUAGAGGAAUGGGUCCGAUGUUACAUGGAGGGCUGCAGAAUGCUUGAACAAGCUUCCUCUUCAUACUUAAAACUACAAAUAUCAAAAAAUACUCAAAAACUCUUGUGUAUUUUGGGCUGGAGUUUAGCAUUGGAAAGUAUCCUGGUUUCUAUUUUGGUCGUCAGAGCAUUUUUGACCAAUUAUGAAUUGGAAAGUUUUGAUGUCUGCAGGAAAAGUUGUCUGUUGGGCUGCUCAGAGGCUCAGAGGGCGAGUGGUUUGAAUCCCUGUGUGUAGAGUUUGCUUGUUCCCAUCUGUGCAGGUUUGAUGUGUUUUCUCAGUACUUAAGCUUCCCCCCCACAGUCCAGUGAUAUGCUCAUCAGGUAAGCUGCUCCCUUCAUAGGUGUGAGUGUGUGCAUGAAUGAUUGUCUCUAUGUGUAAGCCUUGUAAGAAACAGACAAUGUAGGGUGACUUCCCAAAAAGAGGACAUGACUACAUGGGGGUGGAGUCACGGAGUUGCACGACGUUAAUUUUAAGAGUUUUUCGGGUCGGAUCGGGUGUCUUUUAUGUGCUUCUAACUCAGUAAGUCCAAACUUAGGUACAAAAUCGCUGACAUGUGAAGGGUUAAACUUCCCCGGACAAAACUGGACAAGCCCGGACAGCCCAGACAGACGCGGACAUGUCCGGACAGAGGACAUAUGGUCAGCCUAGAUAAUGGAUAGAGGAAGGGAAAACCGCAGAAACAGUCCACUGCAAUGAUGUCCAAGCUAAGCUGUGAUCUGAUUUAUUCAUCACUAUGUGCAGGUAUCUGCAUGCAGGUGCAGCUCACAGUCUAUCAUAGAGACAAUAUCAGCCUGAGCAUGAAAUCAGCUUCAUCCCUGCAAAAGCUAAUCAAGGUUGAGCUCCCGUUUUCGCAAAACUCAUCACGAAUAAUUGAUUUAAGUGCCGUUAACAACCACACACAUUUAAAAAGUUGUUUUCUUCUCCUCUUGAGGACGGAUCUGACAAAGUUUGACUUUGUACUUGAUGCUGCUCGAUAUUGCAAACCUGUGACCCCCUUAUUUCAAGAAAAUUACGAGAAAAUUGGUUUCUCUUUAAAGGGAGAAAGGCUAUGUUUUUGCUCAAUUAUAGUCAAUCAGUCAAAUGUCCGUGGAGCGGGAAAGAUUGUAAUCUUCGUAAACAAGUUACACAACCUCCCAUCGCCCACCAGCUUUCACAUCUGCUUGAAAAGUAUGACUGAGAAGCUGCAAAGUUAAUUUCAAGAUGGUAAACGUCCACAAUCAGUCUGAGAUGAGAUUCAUCCUCGGUUAUAAGUUGAAUGAAGAACAACCAGGUUCCUCAAAGAAUCAAGAAUAACACUCCUGGACUAGAAGAAAAGGCAAUAAUGAAAGCAAAAUGAAAACAGUUUUCAUAGGAGGAAAUCAAAGAGUUUCUGAAGCAUUGAAAACACUAAGAAUAAAAUGGCUGCACUGCUCUGUGUUGCUGCAAGCCUUGCUGACAUAUCAUUUCUGGAGGCAACAAGGCAGAAUAAAUGAAUCAGACCAAUUUCCCCAGCAGGCAAAUAUGGAUAUGAAUAAUAGCUGAGAGCCGUCCGAGCCCAUUCUAUCUCCCAGCAGAAACAAGAUUCAUGAUUUUAUUCGAUACGGUGCGCAUUUAAAACUGAUCUGUGGACAAUUUGUCUAAGGAAGGGAUUCAAACUGCUUAUGUAAUCCUGCCAAAUGUUAGAAAGCUGUUUCAUUGAACGGAAAACAUCUGCCACACUGAAAAAUGGAGGCUAUCAAGUCAGUCUGAGAUGCUUUUUCCUUUGCCUGGAUCACUGAAAAUGUCACAUCAGAUCCUGUUUAUCUCUCAAUGCACUGCUACGCCUGUCCUGGUGUGGGGAAAAUGGAUGUUACUGGCAAACAUUUGACUUCUUAAAAAUGUUGAAACCCCAACUGAGGAAAAUUGCUGCAUCACAUUUGAGUCGGGGCUGGAUUUGAGCUGAUAAAAUGCCGAAAUACUGGCUGUUGAGCCUUAAUCAGGGAGUCAAGUUGCAAAAUUUUCUCGUGAGAAGACUUGGAAACAUGUUUGUAAGCCACUAGGCGGGGCUUUAUUUCCAGGUGACGGUGAUGCUUUUAUGCUCGAUCACCUGGAUGUAAACAAUCACAGAUGACAGAUGUAGUGGUGCAGCAUGGUUCAGCUGAGGUUUGAUAUGGAAAAUGGAGACAAGUUCGAUGAAGGCUGUGUCUGGUUAAACUUGUUCAUGUGUAAAGAGGACUUAGGACUGGUGGUACUAGCUCUGCUAAUGUUAGUCCCACUUAGUGAUUCAGUUCAACAUAUUUGCAGAUAGUGUGUUCCUGUUUUUGGCCGUGAUUAAUAAUCUUUGGUCUGGGGGACAAAAUGGUGAGUCACUAAGUUCAGCCCCUACAGUUUCGCCAAUAGAUAUGAAGUUUGGAGAUCUAAACAGUAUUUCAAUACGGGCUUUGAUAACAUUUCCUUGACAUUUGAGCCAGCCCCUAGAGGACACACACAUAACUGCGCCCACAGCGUUGCAAAUUUAAUGGUCAGGGCAAAAGAAACCCGCCUCAGCAUCAAAAUAAAAAUUGUGUGUUUGAAGUCUAGUAGAGUUUAUGUUUUAUAAAACGUGAGAAUUUGUGUUUUUGCUGUUGUAGUCGGUGGUGGAGAGGACCUGAGGCGAUACUGGUCGGACUACUUGAGUAGGACUCACGUUCUGGUGUACGUGGUGGACUCAUCAGACAGAAGUCGCCUCCCGUUGGCCAAGACUGAGCUGCACCGCCUCUUGAUGGUGGAGCCUCAGCUGCCCGUGGUCAUCCUCGGAAACAAGCAGGUAAAGCAAAUGUGAAUCCAUCAGAGGUUCCUGUCCGGACACAACUCAAAAGCAUCAGGUGACUUUUUCACCACCCUAUGAAGCUUUGCCUUAUUUUACUCAGAUCCUUUACACAGAAAUUAGAAACACUAUAUUUCUUUUUGAAGGACCGUACCUGUGAAUUUUUUAAAUUUUAGCUCAUAAAUGCCACAUGUGCAAAAGUGCAAAAGGAAAAGGACCCUGAUGCAGAUGAUCAGAGAUUUGAAGAAUGGGGAAAAAAAGGGAAAUCAACAAAAACUUACUUUGAAAAAGUCCAAAAAGAAUCACAAGGACACAGUGAGGGUUUAACGAUGAUCUGAUCCAGAAGGGAGGAAACACAGAGACUGAAAACAGAACGGGUAACAAGCAGUGAGACAGGUGAGACAACAAGGCGCAGGUGCAGACAAUGAGGGCACACAAUCACAAGGGAGGGAGAACACAGGAAGUGAAUCUACACUGUAAACACGAGAAAAAAAAGAACAAAAAUAUAAAACAGGAAAGUCUGAAACACACACACACACACACACACAAAAACAGGAACAUCUGGGGACAAAUGUACAAAAAAAUGACACAAAACUAGAAAAAAACAUCACAAGAACUCCUCAUGUAGUCCUCAGGUGCUGCCCACAAAAGGACCCAAAUGCAGACUUCACAAACUAGAGAGUCACACACUUGUUUAGGACAUGAAAGUUCACCCAAACGCAGGUCGCACAACCAGAACAACCUAUGAAACCUACAGGGAGGGCGGGGCACAGGUAGCUGCAGAUGAAUGAGAAGGUAGACCAAAGGCGAGACCACCUCAAAGCAGACCAGGGACAAAGCAAAGCCACCACAGACUGAAGGAGAACGUUUUAGGGCUCUUUGCUUCAUGCAUUUCAAAUGUCAUUUUUACUUUCCACUCAGUGCACUUGUCAUUUUUAUGCCCGGCUCACAUAUUGUAUUGGUUUUGAAAAAUAGUGUCAUGAGGAUGCAGAGAACUCCUCAGACCAACAAAAACCCAGCUCCAAGUCUGAAGCCCAUGGAGCAGUAGUGCUUUCCUGCUAUUUGGAGUUUGCAUGAGCAUGACAGUAAGACGGCGGUAAGAACUCAUAAUACCUGUUACUCUCGUUUUUACCCACAAAUAGAGUCAAACAGCAGUAUCCCUUUUUCUAAUACAGUUAUAUUGAGCGUUUAUCUGGACAUGCAGACGCAAACAAAUGUCAAUCCAUACAGUUCCCUGCCUCGUACCUACCUCGACCUUUGAGUGUUUUCUUGCUCUUAAACAGCAGAGUAGAAGGAGUCAAAUGCGCUGAUUUUAGCCUGCUGUAUUGAGGUAUAAAGGUUUGAACAUGCCGUGCCAAAAGUAAUGCGUCUACUCGAGGCACAGCAGAGUCCCAAGGGAAAGGAAAGCCAAUGCAUCCAAACAACAUCAACCUUGCUGCACCCUGCGCCCCACUUAGCACCCAGAUUUUGCACUAAUUAACCACCAGACACACCCUGAUUCACAUUCCACCAUGCACAUUAGUCCACAUGUUUAUGAUUAUUGCAACUAUCCAGCAGUUUCUCUUUUAUUUUUGUGCCCCAACACCAGACAACACGGUCGAAAUCAAUCAUAAUGAACUCUUUGUCUGCAUCAUUUAUGACAGUAACAUAAGCAUUGGUGGCAAUUAGUUAAAUCAAGCUCAAUAAUGAGUAAUAGAUAAUUAAUAGAUAAUUUGGCAAAGUACAUUUUAUACCCUGUAGACACUGAUGGAAACCGAGAAUAGUCCCAAAAUGGAACAGCGUGCAUUAAAACAUUUAAAGCUGUAGUGUUUUAUUUAUACGUCAAUUUGAAAGCACAUCAAGAACACCAGAAGAGCUCUUUGGCUAUUCAGCGAAAUGACGCAUCCACUUCUACAAUCUAUGUAAGAGCACUGCACUAAACACUCUGAGUUUCAGUUGCAUCCCUUUUAAAGGCCGUUACAUUCAGGAGGAUCUUAGUCCGAUGAAACCUCUGAGGAAAAAAACCUCAAGUCAAAAUACUUAUAAAAUAGUAUCACAUGGGGUUAAAGCUUUCAAGUUAAGUGCAGAAAGAAGAGCUGAAGAUGUGUUGAGGGGGCGAGUUCACACUGUUCUCUCUUCAUUAACCAGGAGAAAUGAUCCGUCAGACUCCUGAAAUAAACAUUUCUACAUUUCCUCCUCAGCCCAUAUUUCUUCGCCCCACGCGGCACUUCUCGAAUUAUUCAUGACCCUCCGAGGGGACUAGGAGUAAUUGUCACAUCUAAAGUCGGAGCGCCGCAGCUCUCAGAAACCUGUGCUUCUCGCAUUUACAGCGAGAAAGAAAUCUGACUUAAAUGUCGGCGCACUUAUCAUCCGGUCGUUUCCAGGAAACUAAAUGUCAUGUGUCGAGAAGGCUUCUGCAAAAGCUCAAAGCAGGAAAAACAAGAUAUGUUUUUAACCAAUCAGGUUUUUAAUUUUAUCUCUAAUGAAAAAAAUAACCUUUAAUGAAAAAAAAAAGACUUUAAAAAGAAAUGUUAAGCUGCAAAGAGACAGAUCUAUUGAGUGUGUUUUUCUUUCAAUAUUAGACCAGUAGGCAAAGUUAUUUUGACAUAUUGGUCAAAUAUCAUCAUGCAUUACAGAGUCAGAGAGUUGGCUAAGUUGAGGUUAAACAGUUAGUGGUUAUUAUGAGUCCAUGUCACUUUCAAGCAAGGCUUUUCAGUAGGUUUAACUGCUUAUUAAUUAGAUAUAAUCAAAUAAAUAACCCUGAAAAAGACUGUGAGUACAGUCCAUUUACAGCUGCUUCAGACUCGGGGCCUGAAUGAUUAGACACCAGGGUUUUGGAGGGCAGGUUUUACAUCAGAGGAUCGGAACAUUUCACACAACAGGUGCGCAGAUAAAAACCUGAUUUGUCAGAGACAAUUAUACAAUCAAUAUACAAUCAAUUAAAAUGGACGGUUAUCAGAUUUAAAAGACAGGUACAAAUGAAUGUCAUCUGCAGUCUUUAUAAGAUAAGCCAGUCUAAGCAUAUAUAGAGAAAAUCCCAGAGGGCCCAGGACAGGACCCUGAGGGACUCCAGAAGACGGGGUCCCAACUGAAAAGACUCAUUUACCAAACGCACCUGCAAAAGAUCUACCUGUCUGCAACAGCCUGGAGAAGAGCAGUCUCCAGUUGGAAUUAGUCUAAAACAUCCAGAGCAGAUGUGAUCUGCUUAGCAACAGCUUGUUUUAGGUCUUGAGUGGCUGAGCAACAUUAUGUUUGUAAUAGGAUGGGAUGAGGCCGGUUGUUAAAGAAUUAUUGAUCGUAGGCAUAAGAGAUGGAAACAAAUACUUCUUUAAGUAGAGGAGUUGGAAUGACGUGUAAUGAACUGGAUGAUGUUUUCACACCACCAAGUAAGGUAAGCUAUACGCAUAAAGGAGCAAUACUAUGAACUCGUGGUCUUACUCAAUGCUUAUUUUUAGCACAAAAGAAAACGAUAUCCCAUAUUCCAUUGUUUUUCUUAAUACUUGACCAAAUUCAGCUUGCACAUGUACACAAGACAAAAGAGUAAUUACGUCACUCGCUAAAGCAUAUUAGCCGUAUAUCAUCUGGAGGAGUGUGUUUAUUCAUCGAGGCGGUUGAAGCAUCUGCUGAUAAAUCACUGCUCUCCAUUCUGCUUUAAAUAAGAGAAUAACUUCAGAAGAGAAGGACGGCUCUCCAAUUUGGGCGUUCGAGCAGAAAGUCAGUUCAUGAAUAAAUCACUUGAGUGAAGUGCUGUCCUUGUUCUGAUGUUUUCUCCACAUCAUACAAUAGAUUUGGUUUACGUCAGCUGUGCAGGACAGAUAAAAGAAGACAAGCUGUUCGCUGAAAUGGAUGAUAAAUUUCAGUUAGAGUUCAGGUCUUUGAAUGGAUGGUAAUGGCUGCUUGUAUGAAGGGAAGCCUUGAAGUUAGAAAAGACGUGUUUCUUUGGGACAUAGUUGGAUUCAAACGUCUCAUAAAUCACCAGAGUAUCUCCUAACAUCUUCCUUUUGUGAAAGCCUAGAUCUUUGACAUGCUGUGCAGGAUGUAGGCAAAGUGAAAGAACUCAUGUCUUUGGUAGAAGGAGGAGUUUUUAACUCUGAUACUGAUUCUCACCCACCAUCGCUACUUUAUUCUUUCCCUUGACGCUCGCUCUUUUUAAACAGCACAAAAGACCCGAGCUGCCGAAACUUUGGGUUGAGAGAGACGAGGCGGACUUCUAUAGAUUCAGGUCUGCAGUGAACAGUUUGUGUAGGAGGCUGGUGUUAUAUUCAGUUGUCACGUUCACGGGGUUUCAGUGAAGCGUUAUGUAAGUUAAUGGUAGUUUUAAUAUGGAGUCACGUCAGGUUUUUAGAGUGGAAUACAUUUACUAACAUCGUGUGUGAUAUCAAAGACAUUUCUGAGGAUAAUAAAUAACAUGUUUCUCCUGCAGUUUCACUGAUUCGACAUUGUUAGUACCUUCAUUUAGUUGUUGUUUUUGCAGAUUUGUGCAGGAGUCUCCCUCAUUUUAACCUGCUGUACUCCUGAUAUUUUGACCUCAUUCUAAUGUUGAAAUAGUCUCCUAUUGUCCUCAUCUUUGGCCCUUAUAUUUCCCUGAGGAGUGCCUGCUCAUCUGUUUUCAGAGAGUCUCAGUUUCACUGUAGAUAGAGACUCACACAGAGGCUUCACUCUGGCUCAUGUUAGAAAUAUGACCCAAAACAAAACGGAUUAUCUUGUAGUUUGCUUACAUUUUAGGAGCUUAAAUUCAACAACCUAACCACACAUUAAUGCAUAUUUGUAAUGUGGGUGCAAAGAAAAUUGUCACCUUGCUUUAUUCACGUGUCUGAACACCUGAAUUUUGUGCACACGGUUGAAUCCCGUGACUAAUUUGUUCCAUUCGCACGCCACAUUUGCUAAAAGAUGCUAAUUUGUCCAAGAGUAGAAGAUGUUUCUAUCACGCCAUCAAUUCUGUUUUUAUCAAACACGGUCGAGGUUCAUGACGUAGCAUAGACUUGUUACCACAUAAUUCGACCUCCUCACUGACUUAACCACGAGUGAACUCCAUGUUAUUCAUGUAAGAAAAAUGUAAGCUGCAUAGUUGAGGUGAGGUUAGUUUUCAGUUUGUCCUCCAUAUUCCUGAUAAAUGUACUUCAACCAUCCUGUUCUUGACAGAUUUGCUUCAGUUUGUAAAAAAGCGAUUUACUCAAGUACUAUGUUGAAAUGUUGUGAAUUUGUCACUUGCAAACAAGUCCUUUAAUUCUCGCUGUUCACUCUGCACACUUUGUUCAAUAAGAAUUUGCAUCUAACCACAUCUCUGCAUCAACUUUACAUGUAAUUCACUCAAUGGAAAGGGUAAACUGUGAGUUGAAACCACCAACUGAAGCUAUCCCAGGCUCUGCCAGCGCAGCAGCUACAUUUUGUGGGUUUUACCCAUAGACUGUAUAUACUAUGGACACCAUGGUUCCGCCUUCCGCCUGUAUACGGAUUUGAAGCCAAAAAGCUCUCGGUAAUUCCGGGGUUUUCUCCACUUCCUUGAAACCAGUGGCGUUGCGCACAUUCGGCCGCGCAGAGAGUCGCUGUGACGACGCUCGGCUCAAACAGCGUAUCCCCCCGGGUGAGCUACACAAUCCCUGAACGCCCAUAGGCUGAAUCAGGUGUCAAUCAUAGAAAACAUGAACCCCCUAAUAACUUUUAAAAACGGAGCUCAACAGAAGAAAAAGGACUUGAGCACAAACCAGUCUGACAGUAACUACAUGUCAACAUCACAACCAGGGGGGAGAAACAUUUAUAUUCUGUGUGAUAAAUUUCUAAAGUUUGUCCACAGUCCCAUAAGCUUUGCUGGCGGAGGCGGGAUUUAUGACCUAUACUGCAGCCCACCAUCAGAGGGUGCUGUUCUUGGAGUGGCUUCACCCAGCGAGGAGACAGACUCUGUCCAUUCUUUAUACAGUCUAUGAUUUUAUCUCUCAACAUUAAGAUUCCCAAAGUUUAUAUCUUCAUUUCACAUCAGCUGAAGAACUACACCACCCGCAGAGACUGAAAAAACAUACUUAAGCCCAAAGUCUGGACAGAAUCAGCUCCUGACCAGGUUUCCACAGCUUUCUGCUGUUCAGGUAUAACUGCGGUGACUCCCUCCAACCAUUAUCUGCAUACUAACUAUCCCCACAGCCUGACAGUGUAUAACUGCAGCCACACAGUAUGUCUCUUUAAACAACACAACGCAAGACUAAUUUACCUGUAUGGUUUCUUUAAAGAGAAAUGCAUGCCUUUACUUUUAAGUGCAAAUAGAUUAUGGGAUUAAAAUGGACAAACAGCUCAGUCCUUCGCCAGCAGAGUUUAGAGAUGAGAACUUUGUGUUGUCCUUGAAAAGAAAUGAAAGUUUUUUUCAUGUCAAACUGACUGAAACUGUUUUCUGAACUCUUCACAGGAUAAGCCGAACGCUGUGAGCGUGUCGGAGCUGCAUGAAGCCUUGUCCCUCGGCUCCAUAACGGAGGAGAGAAAGCUGUUCCUCUUGGCUGCCCAGCUGGGCUCUGACGGGGCCCUGAGGAACUCCUGCCGAGGCCUGGACACCUUCCAGGACCUCCUGCUCCAGCUCGUCUGAUCUCCACCCCGCUCACAGAGGAAGAGAGGAGGAGACGAGGGCUGAAAAUAACGGGAUGGCUUACAGGAAUCCUCCUCCUCCUCCUCCUCUUCCUCUUAUUUAUUAAAGCUCUGGUUUUAUGUGAGGCAGAGGAGGAGGAGGUGAAGAAAGCAGCCGGAUUUGAGGCAGAGAAUUAUUAAAGAAGAGAUUUAGAGGAUGCCAAACGGGGAGCAAAGCCGCGCAGUACCUCCUCGUCUUCCUCCUCAUCGUUUUUGAACCACGUCUUUUUGAAAAUAGCAGCUCUUGAAUCGUCUUACUCACCAACGAAGAGGAGGUGCAGAGCGAGGAGGAAGAGGACAGCAGCUGGGACAGACAGCUGACAGAUUGAUCAUAAAGUCGUGACUCAGAAACACAAAGUUCACCGCCUAACAGUGACUCAGACUUUGGACUAGACUUAAUGUCAACCUGUGACAAGCAUGUAGAUAAUUCUGUAUAUAAACCAGAACAUACUGAGUCUUUAGAUUCAUACAGGUUUUGUUUUGUUUUUAGAAAAGUCAGGGUUGCCAGGUUGGAGCCCCAUGAGACAGAAACCUGCACCACCUCUGUGAAUUCACGGUUCAUGUGUUUGGAGGAAACUCGCUGAACGGAGGCUUUCCUGAGAUUUUGGGGGGAUUUUCAGGAGGGAAUUUAAAGGGACCUCAUAACUUCAUAAAAAGCAGUAUUUUAUUUUGUACCGUCAUGACUCAAACGCUAAGCUGCGUGAGAAAGUUCCUACGCUUCGUGACUUUCUUCUCAGCAGUUUUGGAAAGUAUUUUAGGCUUCAUUGUUCGGAACAAGUUGGUGUUUGGUCUUGUGUGUAGCUCUGACAAUAAUCGAGUGACUCCCAAUAAUCACACACAGUCUUUCCCUACAAUCAGCCAGUUCACAGUGAAAACAGAGUUAUUCGAUCAGAAUUAGGAGUCACGAAGAAACAGAAAGCAUAUAAAGACUGAAGUCGACUCUCUGACCGUUAGAUCAACAUGCUAAUGCAGUUAAACUCUUGGACAUUUGACCAACCCUCUUCUUGGCGACUUUAAUUUGAAUUAACAGAGAAACCAGAUAAUAAUUAAGAUGCUUCUUUUUAACCAAUCUAGGAAUAUGUUUCUAGGAAGGGUAGCCAAUUUAUUGAUAUUUCCGAUUAGGAGGAGAAGCGGUUGAAUUAAGGGCCAUCAACUAAAUUGAAGAAAACAAUCACAAACAGAAUUUCAGGACUGGUGAGUGAAAAGAAAAGUUACAGGGAAGAGAACCUUUGUGCAAGUAGACUUUUGUGAACACUGUUACCAUGGAAACGCUAAUAAGAGGGGUGCCUCCACUUAGUGUUUAUCCUAAGAUGAGGGGAGCGUUUGUUCAGGGUUAUUUGUUUACCUCCAGAUAUUUAUUUGACUGCAGGAUCGUUCAUUUUAUUCCGAUUGGUUGGACACAGACCCACAAAAAUUUGCCCUUUCAGCUCCAUCAGACAAACAAUGUUGUGUCUCGGUUCUGAUUAUUACCCAGAGGCAAUUACAGCUUGGUUGAUUUCAUUGCUGUUUCUAAGAAAUGUGUCUGGGUUUCCUCAAUUGGACUAGAAAUGUUUUUUUCCCGAAUCAAGCGAGAAAGAAAACAAAGACAGGAGGCAGGGUGUCUGAUGAAGAUGUACGGGUAUUUAUCUCUCUGUUCGCAGUAAAUAUGCUAAGUAGUUUCAGCCCAGUUUAUAUUAAUCCUCCUUUAAAACUCACAAACACUAAAAUCACAGUUUAUGAAACACCGAAAAACACAAAUUUCUGAAUGUGUAGAUGCUACUAGAUCCUGAUUGUCAGUGUGAAUUCUGUGCAGCCAUGUUUGCUCAUUUGUUCUUAAUGAAUGUAAUUAAUUUGCUUCUGAUGUUUUAAUUCUGCAGAAAUGUUUUCACAGUUUGUGGAUUGUGUUAAUGUACUCUGUCCUUUAUAAGUGAAAGCAUCUGUUGUUUUCAUGUGUUAUGUACAAAAGCUGAUGGAUGUAAAUUCAUGCAUGUCUUUAUGUUUUGGCGCUCGCCUCUAAAACAUUAAAAAUAUGAGCAAAAGUUUUAUAAACAAGUUGUGUCCAUCAAAAUUUGUGUAUUAUGUGGUUGUGUCAGCUUUGACUGAACUUUGUGAGUGUCCUAAGAAGUUUUUACUUCAAUUAGAUUUGGUUUUGGCUUGUUGGAUAACAGUUUAUGAUAUAAAACUAAAAUUAAUCAGUUUUAGGCAAGCAUCAGCCUCUGGUGUUCAAAAAUGAAGCUAAAAUGGUCGUGCUGAAAAACGCUGCAGUUCCUCAACUGUCAACUAGAGGCUGGCUGCAAAGACUAUGACUGUCCAGUCUUACAGCAGAAUUAAACACAUUUGCAUCCAGGUACAAUCUCUGUUUUAGUUUCAAUAUCUAAGUCUUCUGCAUAUGGGGGUGAAUUAUUUUGUAUAUCUGAUUUUACAAUUUGAGAGCCAACAAUUAAACCCAAAUUUAUUAAAGCAGUGACUUAUUCAACUGAGAGGUGGUUGCAUUUAGCUCCUGCUCCUGGUGCACCUCUUUGCCUGUUUCAAGAAUAAGUGGGAAACACAACAAACCGAUUGUCAGGCCCAGUUUACACACAACAGACAUCUGUUAAAGCAUACAGUCCAACACAGCUUCAUACCGUUAGAGCUGUGCUACAAACCAGGACAUUGGACUGUUAGAAAAGUAUUUUUUCAGCACAUGGGACAACUACUCGAAGUGAAAACUUGCGCUUUCUCAACAGCUCAAAAAAAGUUUCCUUGGACUGAAACUCUUAAAAUUGGGCACCUUUCCAGCAUUUGGACCACAGAAGAAGUGGGAAUCAGUCAUUCUUAUGUAGUAGAACAGGUUGGGUAAUCUCCCUGCACAAAUCAGUCUGGAUGGAUCCAUAUGUUGAUCCCAGAGGUCAAUAACCAGCAUGGGGCUGAAAAACAAGUUGAGUGUUCCUCUCUCUCUCUCUCUCUCUCUCUGCUGACUAAACUAUUGAAUGAAUGCAAACACAGAUAGAAUCUAAAAGGUCCCUCCAGCAGCUCGUCCUUACUCUGUCGACCAAAGUUCCUCAACUGGUCUGACAAGAAGUUGUUUUUAGGAGACACGAAGUUCAUGUUUGUACGGCACUGACAGCUCUGAAGGUUACUACAACACACACAAACUUUCAGCCUGUUUACUGAACCUCUUUAUCUGUAAUAACUACAGAAUCCACUCAGAAGGAAAAUAGAAAAACAGCUUCACACUGACGUUAAUUUCAAGCCGUUUCAAUCGUCAGCAUUUUUAAAGUUCUUCGGUUCCUCAGACUUAAAGCCAAAUAUUUAAAACAUUUUUUAUUGUUUAUUUAUUAAGGCUGUGGCAGAAAAAUUCCACUGCAGAUAGUUAAGUGCAUCUUACCAUUCCAUGUCAUACUGUUUUGUAUCGUAAUGUAUCAUAUUGUAUCGUAAAAUAUUCUAUCGAAUUAAAUUGAAACUUACUGACUCAUAACAUAGCUUAUCAUAAUGUAUCGUUUUUGCAUCACUUCACAUUGUUACCUAUCAAAUUGUAUCAUAUUACACCAUAUCUCACUGUAUCAUAUAUAAUUUUGUAUUCUAACAUUGUAUCAAAUUCUAAUUCUAAUGUAUCAUAUAAUAAAAAGUAUCAUUUAGUAUCACAA